GGCGGAACGCAGAGGCCUGUGGCUGUGUUUCCCGCCGGAGGCUUUUGCCCAGAGCCCCGCGUCCCAGGGGGGCGGUGGCGGCGGCGCAAGCGGCAGAGGCGCAGGCGGCGGAGGCGGCUGGGGGUCCGGAAGUCAACACCAUGUCGAGUCUGCACAAGAGCCGAAUUGCAGAUUUCCAGGAUGUCCUGAAGGAGCCAUCAAUUGCAUUGGAAAAGCUGCGGGAACUCAGCUUUAGUGGCAUCCCCUGUGAGGGCGGACUGCGGUGCCUCUGCUGGAAGAUUCUCUUGAACUACCUUCCCUUGGAGAGAGCCUCAUGGACCUCUAUCCUGGCUAAGCAGAGGGAGCUGUAUGCCCAGUUCCUGAGGGAAAUGAUCAUCCAGCCUGGCAUUGCCAAGGCCAACAUGGGUGUGUCCAGGGAGGAUGUGACUUUUGAGGACCAUCCACUCAACCCCAACCCUGACAGUCGGUGGAACACGUACUUCAAGGACAAUGAGGUGCUACUGCAGAUCGACAAAGAUGUCCGGAGGUUGUGCCCAGACAUUUCCUUCUUCCAGAGGGCCACUGAGUACCCUUGUCUCCUCAUCCUGGACCCCCAGAAUGAGUUUGAAACCCUUCGUAAGCGAGUGGAACAGACAACACUGAAAUCUCAGACAGUGGCCCGGAACCGGAGUGGGGUCACAAAUAUGAGCUCCCCACACAAGAACUCUGCGCCAUCAUCCCUAAAUGAGUAUGAGGUGCUGCCCAAUGGCUGUGAGGCCCACUGGGAGGUGGUGGAGCGAAUCCUUUUCAUCUAUGCCAAGCUCAACCCUGGCAUCGCUUACGUGCAAGGCAUGAAUGAGAUCGUGGGGCCCCUCUACUACACCUUCGCCACCGACCCCAACAGCGAGUGGAAAGAGCAUGCUGAAGCAGACACCUUUUUCUGCUUCACCAACCUCAUGGCCGAGAUCCGGGACAACUUUAUCAAGAGCCUGGAUGACUCGCAGUGUGGCAUCACCUACAAGAUGGAGAAGGUGUACUCCACCUUGAAAGAGAAGGACGUGGAGCUCUACCUGAAACUGCAAGAGCAAAACAUCAAGCCCCAGUUCUUCGCCUUCCGCUGGCUGACACUACUGCUGUCCCAGGAGUUCUUGCUGCCUGAUGUCAUCCGCAUCUGGGACUCCCUCUUCGCUGAUGACAACCGCUUUGACUUCCUCCUCCUCGUCUGCUGCGCCAUGCUCAUGCUGAUCCGGGAGCAGUUGCUGGAAGGGGACUUCACUGUGAACAUGCGGCUGCUGCAGGAUUACCCUAUCACAGACGUCUGCCAGAUCCUGCAGAAGGCAAAGGAGCUCCAAGACUCAAAGUAGCCCAGUGGCAAGAGGCCCAUGUUUGGGGAGAGAAGCCACCGAGCCCUGUGCCCUGGCUCACGGGACACACACAAACCCGUGAGAACCCAGCCUGAGGGGAAGCCGCAGGAUUGGCCUGAGACCCAGGCUGCACCCGCUGGGGGCACACUGUACUAUGCUCCUUCCUCCAUCACUAUGCCCAGCGCCCCACCUGCCCUGCACCCUGGCCUCUUUGCCUAGGAUACUGAGCAGGGCUGGAGAUCGGGAAGUUGUCCUUCCUGGGCCAGGGCCGCUUCCGGCACUGGGAGGCUGGCAGGGGCCCCUCCCUGCCUCGGCUCUGCCGCCCCAGCCUUGGUUCCUGCUUCUGGUCUUCUCCUGGGUGCCAGUCAGGGGAGGUAUUUGGCCAGUGGGCCAGAAACCGCUUCUGGGUAGGGCGCUUUGGCUGCUCCACAGGGAAGGCGACACCGAAAGCAGAGUCCCGCCGUCUGUCUUACCCACAGGUGUCUGUACUUGGUUGGUGUGGACAUGGGCCCGAGUCCCCAGCUGUCUCCUCCCCAUGUAUGUGAGCGUCUCUCAGUCCUCCAGGUCUCCCGGCCUCCCCUUCUCUGUCUCUACCUCUCUGCCUGUGUCCUUCUGCCUCCUUCCUGCGUGGGGCUGUGUCUUGCUCCAUGGUUCCUCUCCAUUUUUCUCCCUGUCCUUCUCUGUUGGGGUGCCUUAUCCUGAGCCGCCUCCUCUCCCCACAUCCCUCUGCUCCCCUGAGCCUGGGAGACAGAAUGAGGAGACUGAUCCAGCAAGGCCCCUGGAGGUCAAGCCUGGCCUUUGCCUCAUGUUCCCAUCCCCCAGCCCCAGAAUCCCGGGUCCCCUUGACUGGGAGGAGUCCUCCGUGCCUCACUUAGAGGGUUCUGAACUCAUUCCCCAUGACAGAAAUCUUGGAAACCAAAUGCUGCUGAGAAAGGACAAAGCUUUGAGCCUCCUGCCCCUGCUUUCUGCCCAGGGAGGGAGAAGGAAGAGGAGCUGCCCACGUUCAGAACCCAGAAGAGUUGUCAUUCCCUUGCCUUCCAGAUCCCAACCCAGGAUGGGGGAAGGUCCCACAAAGUGCAAGUAGGGCCCGAGGAAGCCUCUCUGGGGCCAGGGUAGCUAAGCUCAAAGGCCAUGGGUCCUGCCAGUUCCAGGAGGGCCAUGUCUGCGCCUCUGUGUGCCCCUCCACCCACUGUGGGCUGAGGGAGGUGCAGGGCCUUCUCUGGCCCCUGCCUGAGCCUUCCCCAGGGCGGGGCAUGUGUACCUUGAGCAGGGGCAGCUGGCCACUCCCAGUUCUCACCAAGUCACCUCCCUCCCUGUACAAGGUUUGUGUCCGGAAGCCAGAUGCCAUAGUGAGGACCCUCGUCCUCCAGACUGGCUGGCGGAGCCAGGCCCCAGCAGCCGUCCUGCCCUCAGAGCCUACUGAGUCUGGUGGGCAGGACUUCUCUCUGCCCUCCCAGGCCCGGCUGUGAGCUACGAACGGCUUCCUCAGGUGGCUCUUCUACCAGGCUUUUCCUUGGAUUUCUGCACCUGCCUUUCUGUCUCCUACUCCCCUAAAGCACAGUAUUUGGGAGACUAUUUAUUCAGACUCCUGGCUACGUAUUGCACAUUGGCAAGUGGCUCUGGGAUGAAGGGUGGGUGUGGGAAGGUAGAAAGGAGUUGGAGACAAGAUCCUCUUGAUUUUCCAAGAUCAAAGUCAGCCUCUUCUCCCCGUGCUUCUAGGACCUGCUUGGUUAUCGAGGCAGGCUCUGAGUUCUGUACUGUAACUGAGUGUAAGGGUGGGGCGACAGCUGGGCUGACUCCAAGACCUCUACGAUGAGGCAGAGACAUGCUGCUUCCUGCCGGCCUGGGUCACCCUCUCCCCAGGACUUGUCAGCUGGUGAUUCAGCCCCUCCUGCAACCCCUUCACAACCUUGGGCCACUGCCUGGGACCCAGCAGACACUGCCCAGGACUCCUAAUGCAUUUGUUCCUCUCUGCCCCCACCCUCCCUCCUGGGACCACACUACUUGAAUCACCAUCUAAUUUGCCUUGCUGGCAGAGUUGGGUCAAGUGCCCUCUCCUUGACCUUGAGUGAAGGUCAGGAGCACAGGGACCAGGUCUUGGUUAGGCUGAGCUCCCAGCGGGACAUCUGCGGAAAGGACCUGCCCUGACAAUGUCCCUUCUCCAGAUUCUCGAGCAGAUGUCCAGGGGAGGUCCUCACAGAGCCAGAGUGCCUGAGGCUUCCUGCUUGAGAACCUGCCCCCUGGACCUUGGACACUUACAGAUUGAGCUGUAUGAAUUCAGGAGAUCUCACUCCAGAGGGUCAGAACGUUUGCUUUUGUUUUUUCAUCUGUUUUGUUCUUUGAAUCAGUGCUGUUGAUGACGAGUUGUUCUCCAAUAAAUCACAUGUUCUUUGCAAUGGGCA